AUGACUCAUGGAGAAGAGCUUAGCUCUGAGAUGCAACAGGAUUCCAUUGUUUUAACUUAUCUCGAAGGAUUACUAAUGCAUCAAGCAGCAGGUGGAUCUGGGACUGCAGUUGACAAACAUUCGGUUGGCCAUGCAAAAGAUGAUGAUAACUUAAAGAUUUCAGGAAAUAUAUUUUCUAACUCUAAGAAUAAUGCACCAGUUAACAGUCUGGGUCAGGGAUCUGGCAUGUUACAUCUCAAAAAAGCAAGGCUACUGCAAUCCUCUGAAGACUGGAAUGCAGCAAAACGGAGAAGAUUGUCUGCAUCUGUGGUUGGUAUAAAUGGAAACAAUGAUGCUUUAUUGGCUGGCAUGGUGGAAAAUGUGCCCAAGGGGAAGCAAGAUAGUACCUUGCUGGCUUCUUUGCUGCAGUCAUUCAGCUCUAGGUUGCAAAGUGUUGCCCUUUCACAACAGAUUAAACAAAGUCUUAAAGACCAAGGGUUUUCCAUCAGCCAAGAACCUGUGCACGAGGAAAAAGAUAGCAGAUGUUAUGGUGCUGCAUCCAAUCAUUUAAAAACCCUAUUAAAUAAAAGUAAAGUAAAAGAUAAAAUAAUCGACAAUAAUUUAACUGGUUUACUUAAAAAGUCACAUCAGGAGAAUUAUGUUGAACCUACUCUUUCAGGGCAGAAUGGUUCAAAAGGAACAGUGGAACCAAUUUCAUGUGCAGCAAGACUUCAAGCUGUUGCAAAUAUGGUUGUGAAAAGAUCUAGCCCCACUGCAUCACCUAAACCAAGUGUAGCUUGUAGUCAGUUGGCGUUGCUUCUUUCUAGUGAAGCUCACCUGCAGCAAUACUCAAGAGAACAUGCCCUCAAGGCACAGAGCGCAAGUCAACUGGCAAGUGAACGACUUGCUGCCAUGGCAAGAUUGAAAGAGAGUUCGGAGAGUGACCUUCAUCGUUUCCAGUUGUCAACUAAUUUGCCAGCCAAAGUCAGCAGUCCAAUUAGACCUAUGUCAAAUGGAAUUGGUAACGUUGGAAAUGUUUCUCCUUUCCCAAAUCAACUGGGUGUGCCAAGUUCUCCUCUCAAGACAGCAGGUUUUAAAACCCAUACAGAGAGAAACCAUGUGAAACCAUCACCAAAUAACAGUUUGCUUCUACACCUUCUUAAAAGCCAGAAUGCCCCAAGUGUAAGCACAAGUCAUUUACACAGUGAUAAGUAUUCUUUUGAAGAAAGUGCCACCCCAACAACUACAGAUGAUUUUUCAGACAACAAUCCUAGUUUUACAGAGGAAGAAACUAGUGACGAUGAAAGCACUCAUUCAAACUGCGUGCCAAUAGAUUUGUCCUUUAAAAACAGAGUAGAUAAGCCGGUGGCAUUAACUACUGCAUCUAUAGACAAUUUAACAGAAUCUUUGCUUCAUAACUGGGAUCCAAAAGUUGAAGGAAUUGAUCUCGGCAGAGAGAAAGACACGUCCAUGGAUACCACAUUAAAGCCAUAUCAGAAAGUAACAUUAUUACAAUUGCUGUUGGGCCAUAAGAUUGAUGAAAGUCAAGAAUCAAUUGUAGAUGUACGGGGACCACCAAAAGCUGCUGACCUGGCAAAAUUCAAUUUGCCAGGGCACAGCCAUGUUUCAGAGAACACAAGUAUCCAGAAGUAUCCACAAGUAUCUUCUCCACUUAAUACUUUACCUUUGCACAAUGCUGCCAAAGCAGAUUCUCCUGUAAAUCUGACUCACCAGCCCUUUCCAAUCAAACCCACUUUUACGUCUUACAUUAGUAACCUUCAAUCAGAGAGACUUGUGAAUCCAGCAUCAAAACAUUUGAUAGAGCUAACUAGAAACAAAGUAUUCCAACCACCUGUCCCAGUAGUAAGUAACAAUGCACAAAGUAAUGAUUCUUUCAGCGCAAGUAAGCUUCUUCAAAAUUUAGCUCAAUGUGGAAUGCAGACAGCUGCACCUGAAGAACGACUACAAAAACCAUUACAUUCUAGUAAUGGUACAACAGUUGGGUUAGUUGAACGAUUGGAUAGCCCGCAUGUUACAAAGCCAUCAAGCUCUUUUGAAGAAGUCAGAACUUUCCACAGCCCAUCUACUCCUGUUGAUUCAGGAUUUCCAAGCUCUGAAAUAGAAAAUCUUCUAGAAAGACGGACAGUUCUUCAGCUUCUUCUUGGCACAACUAACAAAGGAAAAAAUGAAAAAGUCCAAAAAACUGUCAUUAAAGAUGAAUGCCAACAGGGGCAUGUAGAAAAGAUAGUAAGUGAGCAAAUUGUAGCUUUUAAAAUUAAAACUGAACCAGAUGAUGUCUCCAAUGCACAACAUUUGAGAGAAAAUGGAGUGCCUAGUCCGACUUGGCACUCAUCUCUUCACAAAACUGCCCGAUCAUCUCCAGAGGAGUCAAAGCCCCAACACCUUUCUCCACAUGAUUUUAAUGGUUCAAGGAAUGGUCUUCUCAGUCGUUUGCUGCGGCAGAACCAUGAUGGAUAUGACACAAACGAUUUGGAUAUAAGCAGACAUGAAAUUAAGCAAACAGAAUCAAAAAUUCCCAGUGUUGUUCCAAAAAAGAGAAAAAUGCACCAAAAUGAGCCUUUAGAAAGCCAAGUAAAAUUAGCUAGAAUUGUUUCUCCAGACAGUAGUAAUAGGCAAUUCUGCAGUACAAAAUCUUUGUGUACCCCAUUUUUUCUGCAAGAAGAUAUAAACGGCAACAAAUCUGAUCACGAACAUAGGGGCACCAUGGGUCAAAGUUCAUAUAAUGAAAGUAAAAAUGUAAGUUGGUCAAGAGAGAAUAAAGGAUUCAAUGUGCUGAAACAACUCUUACUUUCAGAAAAUUGUGUCAGAGACUUGUCUCAGCACAGGAGCCAUACCUCUGCUGAAGAGUUGAUGAGACCCACCAGAAGUAACUUGGCAGGGAAUUCUGACUUUUUAGCUCCUUCUUUAAAUGUGUUAAUGGGAAAACAUUCUCAAACAAAUAGUGUAGAUCAAAUUACCUUUCCAUACCCAUCUUCCUUAAAUAAUUCUCAUCAUACCCCUCCAGAGACUUCAGGAAAUAAAAUUUCUAUGGCCAGUUCUGGACCUGUUAAUACAAGCCCUGUGCCUAAUGAUAAAGGGCCAAUCAAAUGGGUUAUCACAGGUAUGGAAAAGAAUGAGUUUGGGAAAGAUUACCCAAGACUGACAAAAACAAAUCCAAUAUUAUACUACAUGCUUCAAAAGGGGGCACAUUCUGCUGCUAACCAAGACUUACGAGAUAGGAACAUUUGGACAGAGUCUUUGUUGGCGAAAUCAAAUGAGUUGACAUUAAAAAGAGAAUCAGUCAAUGGUGGGAUUACCAGCUCCAGUAGUAUUGGUUUGACAAAACCUUCCAAUCAUGCAGCAAAUAAGACUUUUCAUAAUUCCAAUGGCAGCAAGUAUGGGCUUUUCGAUAUGCUAGCCAUUAAAAAUGAGCCUGAAUAA